GAAAAUGACGUGAUCGGACCCGAUCGAUCGGGAUGACAUCUCUAGUUUUAAGUGUUACCUAUUGACAUGAAUAAAUCAACAAAUAGGUCCUACUGGGCUAUAAGCCGCAGGAUUCAAAAUAAAGGAAAAAAGUAGCGGCUUAUUGUCCGAAAAUUACGGUAUAUGACAUAUAGUCUAUUUGGGCAGCAGUGGCGCCUCCAGAAAUUUUUCCUAGGGGUGGCCAGAUGGGGCCACUUAAAAUCUUGGGGUGGCCAAAACUAAAAGCCAUAAUUUCAGGUUUUCAUUAUAUUAUUGCAGUAAAAAGGUCAGGGGAAAACUAUCAGAAAGACUUAAGGACACGACUACUGAUAUACUUUGGUGUAUUGUGUAAUACUUGAUGUUACUAAUGAUUUAAUGUGCAUAGUCUGUAACGGUCCAGUCAACAUUUUGAGUCCCACAACAAUUCUGUUUUAUUGUGUUAUGUAUAUAUUAGGCAUAAGGAAUACAUUUAACUAGGGCUGUCAAACGAUUAAAAUUUUUAAUCGAGUUAAUCACAGCUUAAAAAUUGUAAUUAAUCUCAAUUCAAACCAUCUCUAAAAUAUGCCAUAUUUUCUGUAAAUUAUUGUUGGAAAGAUAAGACGGAUAUAUACAUUCAACAUAUUGUACAUAAAUACUGUAUUUGUUUAUUAUAACAAUAAAUCCACAAGAGACAUUAACAUUAUUACCAUUCUUUCUGUGAAAGUGAUCUACAGAUAGAAAGACUUGUAAUUCUUAAAGGAUAAAUGUGAGUUUGUAUAAUGUGACUAAAUAUUGCCAUAUAAUGUAUUUGUUGAGCUUUCAGUAAAUGAUACUGUAGCGACUUAACUGUUCUGCCCAAAUGCAUGAUGGGAUGUGGUGCAACCAUGACUGUGUGUGGUGGCUGCAAAUGCUAUAUCUUCUCUGCGUAGGGUGCACUACAGGGUGUUAAGAAAAAGAUCAACUCCUGUCUUUCUUCCCCACUUCGCUUCCCACAAUAUAUAUAGUUGCUGUGGGAGAGAUGACAAAGCUUUUGCCAGUUAAAAGCAUGGCCCCAAUGAAUGCUUUUAUCUACUCCACUCACUUGACACUGCCUCUUAUCUCUGUAUAGAAGUAAAAUGACGCCAUUGUAGGCUGUUUACGGCAAUGCAUGAAUGAGUCGUACUGCGAAUGCGUUAAUUGCGAUAAAUAUUUUCAAGUUAUUAAUUUAUUUAUUUUUUAAUUAGCGCCCCUUAACGCGAUAAAUAUGACAGCCCUACAUUUAACAAAACAAAAUCAAUGCAUUCAUUUGGGAUGAAAUGAAUAACUAAUGCUGCAACAAUCAAACGAUAUACUAGCAAGCGGGGUGGCCAGUGGGGUGGCCAACCAAUCUGGCCACCCCCUGGUGGCGCCACUGUUGGGCAGUGCUUAAAUUCUAUAAGUAAUGAGUUUUGAUGAUUAGCCAUGAGUAGAUCCAUAAAUCACAAUAUGUGUCUCCUCAGCGGAGUCAUUCAAUCAUCAUUAAGCUUUGUUAUUUUCCAGUGCCCAUUAAGCUAAUCAUUUUAUUGAUUUAUUGUUUUUGGUUUGCAGGUGUAUGAUUGUGUCGGAUAGUGGACUGUACACGAUUAACGACUCAAGGGAUAAUCAGUGAAAACCAAGACAGAUGCUGCAUUUCGAGAUGUUUCUGAGGAACUUUCUAACGAGCAGCCUCUCAAGGGAGCAAUGUGGUUUUUGACGAGGUCAGGAACUUUUGCAGAGACAAGAAACCCUAAAGAUUUAUGAAUGAUUUCCCUCCCUGGCGUAUUUAGACAUGGCUGAUGAAAUGAAAUACAGGCCGCCGAAGAGACAGGAUGCUAAUGCUUGACGGAAUGCCUGCAGUCCGAGUCAAAGCCGAGCCCCUGGAAUCGGAACGAGGGUCACCAAAAGUGCGGCCUUACACCGCCAUGGACGGGGUGCCCUUCUUCCUCAGCAGAGUAAAACCCGAGCCUCCGGAAGACCUGCUCGCCCACGACCUGCACUUCCACACGCAGACCGAGCCGGUGGACUUGUCGAUCAAUAAGUCCCGCCCAUCCUCUUCCUCAACCACCAAGUCAUCUUCCUCCCCGCUGAGAUCCGCCUUUUCGCCGUCCUCUCUUUCGUCAUCCUCUUCGUCCUCACCGUCGGUCAUCACCUCGGCCUCGUCGAUGCUCUCGCCGGGCCCUCUGGUGGCGCCCGGGAUGAGAGGCCAGCCAUAUUUGCACAUCCUGCACUCGGUGCCACCGCCGCCGUCCAGCCCGCUGGGACUGCAGAGCACAGGAAAGCUGGGCAGUCGCGUUCACCGUAUCCCGGUGGUAGUGCAGUCGUUACCGCUCAUGUACACCACGGCCGUGCGUUCGCCCUCCAGCCUCAACAACGCCAUCAUGCUACCUCUGCUGGACGAUGCCAAGAGCCAGGGCAAAGCAUACGCGGAACACAACGGCCUGUCGCCGCGUCACAUCAAGAGUGACAGUGAUGACGAUGACCUGCCAAACGUGACGCUGGACAGCGUCAAUGAGACCGGCUCCACUGCACUGUCUAUAGCCCGCGCCGUACAAGAUUCAAUGUCACCGUUCAGUAUUGAAAGCAUUCGGCGUCCCCGGAGGUCGGAGUCGCCGGAUUCCAAAAAGCGGAGAAUUCACCGGUGCGACUUUGAGGGCUGCAAUAAGGUUUACACCAAAAGUUCCCAUUUAAAAGCACAUCGGAGGACACAUACAGGAGAAAAGCCUUACAAAUGCACCUGGGACGGCUGCACGUGGAAGUUCGCCCGGUCCGACGAGCUGACCCGCCACUACCGGAAGCACACGGGCGUCAAACCCUUCAAGUGCGCGGACUGCGACCGCAGCUUCUCCCGCUCGGACCACUUAGCCCUGCACCGGCGCCGACACAUGCUUGUGUGAGGAAAAACGGCAGCCGGGACGGAAAGGAAUCACGGCACGCGGGGGAGCCGGAUCUCCCUGGGAAAUGUUCUUCAGCUGGACUGGACGCACGGCGGCGGCAGGAAAGAAAGAAACAGGGUCAAUCGGGGAUCCUCUCAGAAAGAAUAGACA